CUGCUUGAAUCUGAUUGGCCCGUUUCAAAAGUCAGACCGCGGGUGUGUGUGCUGCUGUGUUGUUGUGUUCAUAGCUCAGCUGUCGUGAGCGCGAAGUGAAGAGCGUCUGUCUGCGGCCGAUGUCCGGAGUCAGACUGUCAGGAUGAUGGAAUCGGUGCUGAGCAACAGGCCCCAUGGACGGCGGCAGUCGGAGGUUGACCAGUCGAAGGGAGACGUCUCGUUGGACUCCAGCACUUUGCCUCACUCACAGCUGUCCAGCCCGGAGGAGAGAGAACACCUCCAGGUCUACCUGCGGAUCAGACCCUUCACCUCCGCAGAGUCCACCAACGGAGAGUCACAGGACUGUGUCUCCAUGGAGCCUCCGGACACGGUGCUGCUGAAGCCUCCAUGCUCGUCGCUCUCAGCGAGGCUGAGCGCCGAUCGGUCGCUGCCACAGACGGGACAACGCUUCCAGUUCUCCCAGGUCUAUGGUCCGGAGACGACCCAGACUCAGAUGUUUGAAGGCACAGUGAAGGAUCUGGUGACGGAUGUUCUCCAGGGGGGAAACUCUCUGGUUUUCACUUACGGAGUCACCAACGCCGGGAAAACCUUCACCUUCUUAGGUCCCGAUGCCGAUGCGGGAAUCCUGCCCAGGUCUCUGGAUGUGAUCUUCAGCAGCAUCGACGAACACGUGUUCUCGGAGACAUGCUUCAAACCUCACCGCUGCCGAGAGUUCACCAGACUGACCAGGGAGCAGCAGGCGGAGGAGGCGGCGUUCAAGAGAAACCUCUUCAGGCAACUGAAAGAGAGCGAGAGGAGCAACACCAGCCUGUUGCACUCGACCAACAAGACUCUCCUCGAAGGUUCCUCUGUCCCGGGGACGACUGUGGCGGCAGAGGACAGAAUCCACCUGCAGGUUGAGACGCACACCAAGUUCUCCGUCUGGGUUUCCUUCUGUGAAAUCUACAACGAAAACAUUCACGACCUGCUGGAGGCUGCGCCCAGCGGCGCCCCGAAGAGGACGGUGCUGCGCCUGUCGCAGGACGUCAAGGGCAACGCCUUUGUCAAAGAUCUGCGUUGGGUUCAGGUGAACGGUGCAGACGAGGCUUACAAGGUGAUGAAGCUGGGCAAGAAGAACCAGAGCUUCUCCGCCACCCGACUCAACCAGCUCUCCAGCAGGAGUCACAGUAUUUUCUCCAUCCGCAUCUUGAGGCUCGAGGAUGUCGGGACUCCCAGAGUCCACAACGUCAGCGAGUUGUGUCUGUGCGACCUGGCCGGGUCGGAGCGAUGCGCCAAGACCCAGAACCAAGGCGAGCGUCUGAAAGAAGCUGGAAACAUCAACACGUCACUGCUCAUCCUGGGAAAAUGCAUCAAUGCACUGCGACACAAUCAGCAGGCCAAGCUACUGCAACACAUUCCCUUCAGGGAGAGCAAGCUGACCCACUACCUUCAGGGUUUCUUCUGCGGCCGAGGGAAAGCCUGCAUGAUCGUCAACAUCAACCAGUGUGCGUCCAUGUACGAUGAGACGCUCAAUGUCCUCAAGUUCUCUGCCGUGGCUCAGAAGGUUGUGGUUUUGUCCACGAGGCCCGUUCUCAUCAGACCUCUGAGCUCGGCUGUCGACGAGUCCCUCGCGGUCAACGCCGCUGACGGGAAGUGUCCUCGCAGCAGCAGCAGGAGGAGGAGCUCCGUGAUUGGCUGGGAGAGCAGCCUGGAGGAUGUACAGGAGGACGUGGACGAUGAGUUCGAGGAGGAAAGCGUCCUGAUGGACGACACAAUGGACCAGACGGGAAACCAAGGAGACGGUGACAUCAGCAGCCAGAUGCACCAGCAGCAGGGGAAGCUGGUGCAGCAGCUGCAGCAGCAGCUGAAGAAGGAGCGAGCGGAUGGUCUGCUCAUGGAGGCGCGGGUCAGAGAGGAAAUUAGCCGAGAGUUCUCUGAGCUUUUCUCCGAGAUGCAGAGCGACUACAACGAGCGCCUGGCGAGGGAGAGAGAGAUCUUGGAGGAGCGAGCAGAGACGAGGCUCGAGAUCUUCAAGAACCUUAUCGACAAGAUGACCAGAGCUGGAACCGGUGGAGACGAACAGGACGCGGACAAAUCUCUGGACUGCACGUCCUCCUCCUUCUCCGACUUAGCGGAAAUUAAGAUGGCUGCCGAGGCUGCUCGUAAAUGUCUGGGCUCAGGACGAGCCGGAACUGUGGAGGAGCUGGAGAGGAAGGUGCUGGAGCUGCACGAGCACCAGCGGAGAGUCGAGGAGCAGGAGGCUCACAAACACCUCGGUCAAACCGUCGGAGAAGAAGAAGAGGAGGAGGAGAGGAGGACACUUCUCUCUCGGCUCAGGGAGAAGUCGUCAGAGAUUUCCCGGCUGGAGAAGCAAGUGGAAGACCUGCAGGGGGCGACACAGCGCCGCCUGCAGGGCGAGGGCGAGAGUCAACUGCUGCAGGAGGCGCAGGCAGCCCUGGAGAUGGAGAAGGAAGCCCGAGCAGACGUCCUCUCUGCUCUGGAGUAUCAGACCCUGGGCAAAGAGGAGGCGCUGGCCUCCUUAGAGGAGGAGAGGAAAGCCAGGGAGGAGCUGAGGCGAGGCAGAGAGGAGACGCUCGCUUCGCUGGAGAAGGAGAGACAAGACAAGGAGACGCUCGCGGCCAGUCUGGCGGAAGCGAAUCGGCGUGCCGAGGAGACGCUUGCCGCUCUGGACGAAGAGCGGAGACGCGCCGAGGAGGCUCGGUCUCUUCUGGAGGAGGAGAGGACGCAGAUCGGCCGACUGACAGAGCAGCGGCAGGUUGACGCUCUACAACAGGAAGUCGGAGAGCUGGCGGCCAAACUACAAGCUGCCGAGCGUCAGUUAACAGCGGAGACACAGAGAGCAGAGCGGGCGUCGGUCCAGCUGGAGGAGCAGUCGAAACAGAUCAACGUCCUGAUGCUGGAAAAUCAUCAGCUGAGAGACCAAGUGUCUGAGCUCGGGAGGAGUCCGGCCGAGGAAAAGCAGAAAAGAGAGAACGAGCAGCUGGAAGUGUUGAACGAGGAUCUGAGGAAGAAGCUUCAGGAGCAGGAGGAGACGUCGCAGCGGCGACUGGACGAGCUCGCAUCCAAACUGGAGAGUCGAGAGCGAGAGUCGAGAGAGGAAGUCGAGCAGCUGAGAGCAAAACUUCUCCAGGGUCACGCACAGGAAACCCAGCUGGAGGAGCUGAAAGAGAAUCUGCAAGAACAAAGAGCCUCGUCACUGAAGCAGCUGGAGGAGCUGAAACACAAACUGAGCGAACAAGAAGAUCUGAAGCUGAAGCUCAGUGAACAGCAGGGAACUGUGGAGCUGCUGAAGGUCCAGCUGGAAGGUUCCAGUGCUGCCGACCAAGAGCUCAAGAGGCUGAACUCUGAACUCCAGACAGAGGUCGCAGCCCUGAGGGCGAAGGUCUCCGUCAUUGAGGAGACGAAGGAGUCCGCUUCCGACGCCGAAGCUGGGCGAGCAGCGUCCGCGGAGCGAGAGGCGGAGCUGCAGAAGACGCUGCGGGACAAAGAGGCCGAGGUGACGACCCUGCAGAAGAAGCUGCAGGAAGCGCAGGAGCGUCGGGAUGAGGACGAGCUCCAGGCCGUUCAGGACGCCCGGCGCAGGGAGGUGGAGAGACGGCGAGAGCUGCUGGCAGUGGCUCACGAGGCCAUCGCUCAGAAAGACGAGGAGCUGGACAAGAGAGGCGAGGAGAUCAGCAGACUGAAGGAAAAAGCUGAGCAACACUCGGAGCGGGUGAAAAGUCUGGACGUUGAGCUGCAGCGGAAAGACGACGACGCCUCGGACCUGCGAGAGAAACUGGCCGACUACAAGAAGCAGAUCCAGCAGGUCCAGAAGGAGAUUUCAACCAUGAGGGAAGACGAGAAGGUUUUGAGGCAGAAGCUGUCGGACGCGGAGAAAACCAGGAAGCAGCUUCAGUCCGACGUUGCCAACCGAGACCGAAUCAUCCAGCAGCUCCGAGCGGAACAGUCGUCUGACUCCAAGUCCGACCAAACGCUGGAGCUCUACCAGAAGACCUGCAAAGAGCUGGAGGCGAAGCAGCAGGUGAUGGACGACAUGCGUCUGGCUUUGACAGAGCAGGAGGAGACUCAGGCUCAGAUGGACGACAUCCUGGAGGAAAAACUUCUCCUCAUCCAGGAAUUGUCCCACGAGGUGGAGAAACUUAAGGCUGCGUUGCUGCAGCAGGACGGUGAAGCCGACGCUCGCCGUCAGGGCAACAGCCCUUCACAUGACCUCCGACGGGCCAAACAGGAAGCUGCACAGGCUCAGGAGAGUCUGAAGCUGUGUGCGGACAAACACCAGGCCGAACGCAGGAAGUGGCUUGAGGAGAAACUGUCCCUGAUCGGCCAAGCGAAGGAGGCGGAGGACAAGAGGAACCAGGAGAUGAGGAAGUUUGCUGAUGACCGGGAGCGUUACGCUCGACAGCAGAGUCACGUGGAUUCCCUGUCGUCACGGCUGGCAGAGCAGCAGCAGACCAUGGACACGUGGCGGACGGAGAGAGACACUCUGGUCGCAGCUCUGGAGGUUCAGCUCCAGAAACUUCUCUCCAGCCAUGUGGAGAAAGACAAACUCAUCCAGGAGCUUCAGCAGAAUCCCACACAACCGCCACCAGAGUGCGGCGAUGGUGGCGUGGCCGAGCUGCAGGCUGCUCUGCGGCAGAGGGAGGCCGACGUCCAGCGACUGGAGGCGGAGCUGAAGGCGUCGACAGUUGCGCAGACUGAGAGCAAGGAGAGCCCUGCUGCGCUGGCAGGGAACCCCCAGAGUGAAACCCUGACCAGGAAGUCUGCAGGACAGAGGGAAACCAGAGCGUCAGUCAGCAGCCAAGGCUCGGCCGGCGGUCCGUCAGUGCUCGACUCCUUUGAGAUCUCCACGGAAAACGGGCGGGCGAGCCGCUUCCCUCGGCCGGAGCUGGAGAUCUCCUUCAGCCCCCUGCAGCCCAACCGCAUGGCGUUGCGGCGGCAGGGCGAGGAGAACGCCGUCACCGUCAAGAUCACGCGCUCGGCCCGCAAGAGGAAGAGCGGCGAGAUGGAGAAGUCUCACAUUUUCAGGAGGAGUAAACGACGAACGACACGAGAGGCAGAAGUGGAGGCCGAGAACAGACGCAACACAAGAACCAAACUGACGUCAAAGCUGACCACACACACCGAGGAGACCUCUUCCCCGGCUGGUCGCCAUGACUCCCACAGCAGCAUCCCCAGCAGAAAGGAAGGAACGCUGCAGAAGAUUGGAGACUUCCUGCAGAGCUCCCCCACGCUGCUCGGCUCCAAAGCCAAGAAGAUGAUGAGUCUGGUGAGCGGCCGGAUCGAAGCCGACUCGGCAGCCUCCUCCUCUUCAUCCUCCUCUUCAUCCCUAAGAGCCAAGAUGAACAAGAGGAAACUGUACCGACCAGAGAUCUCCUCACCCAUGGACCUGCCCGCACACCCAAUCAUCAGCCGAGAGCCGGAGGAGAGAGACAGCGACCAUUCGAUCAUCAAGAGGCGUCUUCGCUCCAGGAUGGUGAAAUAAUUCACCUCUGCUCCAAGUCCAGGACACGCCUUUUUUUUCUUCUUUUUUUUUGGUCCACAUCCCAUCUGCCAAAGUGGAGGGGGUGGGGCUUAUGACCUGUACUGUAGCCAGACACCAGGGGGCGAUCAUUAUGGGAGCUGUCAUGUUGUCCAUCGUUAUUUACUGUCUCUGUUUAAUAAUCUUAUCAAUAAUCAGCCCCUGGAUGAUGCAGUUAUGACUCAAUCAGUUUAUAAUCUAUAGUUAUUAUUAUUAAGAGGCGGAGAUUUACUUUGAAGUGCAAUUUAUUACAUUUUCUUCACUGUUCCGGAGUGAAGUUAGAUGAAGGUUUGUUUUAGUCGUCAGUGUCUUAAUAUUUAGUUUAAAUCUUUUCUUUCCUGUUUGUGGAAGACAACGUUUCUGUUCAAACCACUAACUUCUGCUUCCUGUUCUGCAGGCGAAUCAGAGCGUUGAGCUUUAUCCACAGUUCAGAUGCGACUCCGCCUCCAACUACAGUAACUAACACUGCACUUUAUUAUAAGAGCAAAGUUAUAACACGAACAAAACUUUACACUACAGAUCAAAUCCUCAGCGUGGACACGACCACAUGAUCCAGACGACUGUUUGACUUAAUGUGUUCAAGCUGCCUUACGUUUUUUUUAAAAAAGUUAGUUUUUCAAAUUUUGCACUUUUCUAUCCUACUGUUAUUUAAUGUUUAUUCUCCAUUUUCAAACCUUUGACCAUAUCAGUCAGAUUAAAAAUCCAAAACAUC